AUGUCUCUGUUUCUGAAAGAUGAUUCGAUUCAAAUCCGCGAAGUCUGGAACGAUAACCUCCAAGAGGAGAUGGAUCUGAUCCGCGAAGUCGUCGACGAUUUCCCUUACGUCGCCAUGGACACUGAGUUCCCCGGAAUCGUCGUCAGACCAGUCGGAACCUUCAAAUCCAACGCCGACUACCACUACGAAACCCUGAAGAUGAACGUCAACAUCCUCAAGAUAAUCCAGCUCGGCCUCACCUUCUCCAACGAGCAAGGCAACCUCCCAACCUGUGGGACCGACAAAUACUGCAUCUGGCAAUUCAACUUCCGAGAAUUCGACGUCAACUCCGACAUCUUCGCUCUCGAUUCCAUCGACCUCCUCAAGCAAUCCGGCAUCGACUUCGCCAGAAACACUCAGCAAGGAAUCGACGCCAAGAAAUUCGCGGAGCUCCUCAUGUCAUCGGGAAUCGUGCUCAACGAGAACGUGCACUGGGUCACGUUCCACAGCGGAUACGACUUCGGGUACUUGCUCAAGCUCCUGACGUGUCAGAACCUGCCGGAUACGCAGACGAGGUUCUUCGAGCUGAUCAACGUUUAUUUCCCGACGGUGUACGACAUCAAGCACCUGAUGAAGUUCUGCAACAGCCUCCACGGCGGACUGAACAAGCUCGCGGAGCUGCUGGAGGUGGAGAGAGUUGGGAUCUGUCACCAGGCUGGUUCGGAUAGUUUACUCACGUCUUGUACUUUCAGAAAGCUUAAGGAGAAUUUCUUCAUUGGCCCCUUGCAGAAAUAUUCUGGUGUUUUCGAUGAAGCUGCUCCUGCUAUUCCUCCAGUUGCAGAGGCAGCUGCUGCUGCGAUUCUAGAGGACAUGGAUCUGAUGACUGCAUUGGAGCUGACUCUUAGGAAGUCACGUGUACACGGUGGUGUGACCAGAGAUAGCUUCUCAAGUUUGAUGCUUGCAGUGACUAACAUAUGUGCAAGAUUGAUUGAUUUUGAAGGCAAUGCUAGGAAAGUGGUUGGAUGUUCUUGUCUUGUAAUUAAGGACUACCGAGAGGAGACAUCUGCUCACUCAACGCAUGAUAAACCCAUUUCAAUGUCAAAUGCAAUAAUAGAGAUUGCUAGUCCUUGUUGUUUAGAGGGAUUGCUCAGAAUUUGUUGUCUUGCCCAACAUUUUGACACUUGUGAGAAAUCAAAUCACAAUCGUUUGUUAACUUUGUAUGGCAGCAACUAA